AAACAUUACAGUGUUUAGAUGCCAUAAUUAUGGCUGCUCUUAAACUACAAGUGUGGACUGUGCUUGCCACACUAGUUUUAACCACAGUAUCAAGCAAGAACCAGAUCAUUAACAUCCUAACACUACUGCCCUAUCCAGAUGCUCUGUUCAAUCCUUCUUGGAGAGAUGGACCACAAGUUUCAGUGGCUCUGGAAAUUGCUAAAGAGGACAUCAAUAAUCGAACUGAUAUUUUACUUGACUAUCAAAUCGAACUGAUUCAUGGUGACAGUGGAUGUGAGUACACCACUAAGGCUUAUGAAGCUAUCUUGAGCAAUGUGUAUUCUUCAAGCACAGGAGUGGUCGGAAUCAUUGGUCCUGGUUGCUCAAGUGCGUCCAUUGCUAUGACUACGUUGUCAAGUCGAAAGGAGCUUUCGUUAAUAACUGUACAUGGAGGGAGCAGUCCGAUAUUGUCGGACAGAACUCAGCGACCUUACGCCCUCGGUACGUUAGGGUCCAGUGAAGCGUUUGCAAUAGUUGGAGUUCAGAUAAUGCAGAAGCAUAACUGGCGGAGGGUGGGGAUUAUAUUCGAAGAGGCUCGCUUGCUUUACUCCGCCACAGCUGCGAGAAUUGGAGAGAUCUUAUCAGAACUGAACUCUACUACAUUGGAUACUACUGCUCUUACUAUCAGUGGCUUUGUAUUUCCUGUUUACGAUUCGUUUAUUCCUCUGAACGUGAUCGUGGAUGAAGGUCUUCGUGUUAAUCUGUUGUUAACAUCAGUGCCCGCUACACAGCGGAUCAUCUGUCUAGCAUUUCACCGUGGUAUGGUGUACCCCAAAUAUCAGUGGGUUAUAACAAGUAAUACAUUUGAGGAAGUUGCUAAAGAUAUUGAGUUUUAUUUUGAGGGACAAGAAUACAAUUGCUCUGCUGCAGAAAUGCAGGAAAUAGCUCUAAACGGAACAUUAUUUUUCAAUUUCAGACUAACUCCAUUGAAUGAAUCAGCUCCUUCAAAUUAUUCUAAAAUCUCCUUUAAAGAAUAUGAUCGAAUUUAUAGAAGCAAGCUUGAAGAUUAUAACCUCACCUAUUCCAUUUGGACCACUUAUUUCUACGACGCCCUUUGGGCAUGGGCAGUCGUUUUGGACAGAAUUUCACAGAGAGGUUUGGACCUCACCAAGUUUCGGUAUGGGAACACCUCGCUAUCAAAUAUGGUGCUCGAGGAGUUCUACCGUCUAGACUUUGAGGGGGUGUCAGGAAGGAUAAAGUUUAAUAAUGACUCGGGACUUCUAACUCGACCAUCUUCGGUAUUUCAAGUGGUUAAUAGCACUGCACAAUUGGUUGCCAUUUACGACGAUAAUGGUUUAACAAUGCUCACUUCAUUAGAUCCCAUAUUGGAUCAUUUCCCUGAUCAAUCCGGCAUAGAAAUAAAUCGUGCACUGCUUGCAGUUUUUAUUGCAAUUAUACUGUUUCAGCUCAUAGUCUUAAUCAUACUCCACAUACUCAGUAUCAAGUACAGACAUGUCCCAUCAGUCAAAGCUUCAAGUCUUAAGCUCAACCAAUUGCUGUACAUUGGAUGCUAUCUGUUUACGGUCACUCUGCUGCUCUACAUUGCAAACGUUGGCUAUGAAUUGUUUGAUGAUGAAGCGACAGUGGUGAUGUGCAAUAUACAAUGGUUUUGGCUCUUCCCCAUUUCUUUUACGCUGACUUUCGGAACAGUAGCUGUUAGAACAUGGAGACUGCAUCGAAUCUUCACAUACUAUCUCAAUCCAGGACGCUUCAUUGCUGACCACUACCUCGUGGCCUUUGUAUUCAUCUUGCUUGGUGUUGAUGUUUUAUUUGGUACUUUGUGGGUGGCCAUCGACCCACAGCAGCUGGUGAUUACCAAAUUUCCUCAAAUUGAAGGAGUUAUAAAGUACAAUGUUCUUAUGCGACUGUGCGUUAGUAACAAUCAAUGGUGGUCCUUUGGUUUGGUAUUUGGCUACAAACUGAUAUUAAUGAUAAUUGUUCUGGUUUUGGCAUUUAUAACUCGGAACAUAAAGAACCAAUCGUUCACCACAGUAACACUUCGCACUCUUGUCUAUCUGUCCUUGGUUGAUAUUUUGUUCGGAUUUUUCUUUUACUAUCUGUUCCGAUUUUUAAUGCCACUCUCUCCUGCAUCUUUCAUCUCCAUAGUGGUAUCACUGAACAUCAUGCUGUUCUUCUUUAUGGGGCUAGUGUGUAUACCUCCCUUGUUACCAAAGCUUAAAGAAGAGCUCAAGAAAUGUUCGCAAAGAAUGCAUUUUACUAAAUUAACUGACUCCAGCUAGUUUCACAGAUACUUAUACUCAUCAUUUAAUUUGUGUAUUGACAAUUCUUGUUCAUACAAAACACACUCUUGCAACCGAAAAAAAUGAUUUCAGUGUUGACACAAGUGAUUACACAGAUGCAAUAUCCUUACUGUUAUGAACAACCAUCAACUUAAAACAUACUUUCAACAUUGGGAUUCUUUGGCACACUGCAUGCGUGCAGUACUACAGCUUCACUUA